CUACUGUAAGUUUGCGGGUGGAUAGUAUCGGCCGUGAACCAAGACGUCUCUACCCCAGGCGGGGACCCCACGCUACCUUCGUCUCCUUGUUUGAUAUUGCGAGAGUGUUGAUGUGACAAGCCCCUAACAAAGUCCCAAAAAGCCAUCGUAGUGCCAGGUGGUAAGCCUGGGACGCGUAUUCACAUGCCCUCGAUCCAUCUUCCCAUCAACUAAAGCCUUUCUAGCAGCUCAAAUCUCGACACAUCGGCCGUGGUAACACAAACAACCUCUGCAACACGCCUUCAUUUUGCCACUUAUGGCUACACGGGUGAAUCCGCCCAAGAAGGUCCGAUUGGCCUGUCGACGUUGUCGCAUAAGACGCAUCAAGUGUGACGGAGAAGUCCCUGCGUGUACCAACUGCGCAAGAGCUGGCGAAACUUGCCUGGACGUCGACAGCCAGAAUUCCGGCUUACUGGUUCCUCGCAAUUUCGCUAGUGCUGCCCGUGCUAGAAUUCAAUGGCUCGAAAACAUUAUCAAACAACGCCUCCCUGAUGUCGACCUCUCACAAGGCCCGCAGAUUGACGCCUUUCCCGACCCGAAAGGAUCGGCUAACGUCGCUGACGCGGACCAGGACGAUGAAGUCGUCUCGACCUCGUCGUUUCGGUCCGGUCCCGGAAGCUGCCAGCCCACUCGACAAACCCUGAGUCUUGGGUCCCAACGGAUGGGAAUCAAGCGGCCCGCGGAAACCAUGAGUUCCUACAAACACGAUGAGCAAUUUCCAGACCCCACACACUCAGUCGCGAUGAACCCGGGGUUUUUGUCCCUGAAUUCGGACUCCAAUCGAAAGUACUACCUAGGGUCAAGCUCCGGGGCUCUAUUCACAAACCUCAUAGGGACGUCUCCUUCUAGUGCCGAGUCGACAACUGCGGCUUUGCUGGAUGACGUACAAGCCCAAGGCCCAUCUUCCGAAUGGCAUGAGAUAUCGGCCUCAGGGCCUGACAACGUCUCGCAACAGCAUAACCGUUCCAUGCACGUUUUUCUAAGACAGGAGCUUCCCAGAAAGGAAGAUUCUGUAAAGCUGGUUCACACCUACAUCCGAUGGAUACACCCCGACUACCCAGUCCUCGAGCCAAGUUCUCUACUUAGUGCUUUGGAAGCUCUUUACGCGACAUAUCCAUGCUCGAUUGAUGAAGAUCCUCUACCCAAUGGCUGGCCCAGUUCAGUUCAAGCCUUCCGGUGGAACGGAAGACAAAGGACACCCAAUGGCCAAGGCUUUCAUUCUGUGCCCAUGCCGGUUGUGGCAUUCAUCUUGUUCAUGGUAUUUAACAUUGCGGCUAUUGUCAAAGUCAGGUCACGGGUCUACGAAUUUCCACCCGAGAGGUUUUAUCGGGCUGCGCUAUACUUCUCCAGGGAUUGCUUCUCGCAAAUAUCGCUGUCGUCGAUUCAGGCUCUGGUUACCCUGAUUGUCCACAGUAUUAUGACACCAGCGGAAGUUAACCUCUUCACUCUCGUUCACAUCGGGCUGGCCCAUUGCAUUGAGUUGGGCAUUCACAGGGAGCCGCCACCAGCCGCCGAUCCGAAUGACAUCAAGUACCAGCAAAUCCGACGCCUAGCAUUUUUUACCAUAUAUUCCUUGGAUAGGUCGGUAUCCUCUAUCCAGGGAAGGCCCCUUGGGUUCCGAGACGAGACAUUCGAUGUCAAGAUGCCCGAAUUACAAUCUCCAAGACAAAUCAGUCCUACGAGCAGUCCAAUGCUUUCUUCUUUCUCAGCAGCGGUCCUCCGGUUCGCAAGGUUCCAGUUCGAGCUGGAUCGCAUCGUUUCUGAUGUCAAAGUACAAUUCUACCAUCUUCCGUGCGACUCGGCUUGGUUUGCUUUGCCAGCAGACCCGGAGGCCCAGCAGACCAGAAUUAGAGACGAGAUUGUUCGCUGGUGGGAAAGGGUUGCAGAUGAGCCGUUCAACUUUCCAGGUCUCGACAACCGCCAUCGGCGCAUGUGGCGGCUGAAGCUAAAGAUCAAGCAUCACACAACGAUGAUUAUGCUCUUCCAGCCGUCGCAGGCGAUACGGAACCCACCGCCGGAGUCACUCCAAGUCUGUUUCAACAACGCCGCAUCUAUACUCCAGGACUACCAGACGCUGCACGACUUGCAGGGUGUGCAUCACGGAUGGCGGACAGUCCAGAACAUUUUCGCCGCUGGCGCGACUCUAAUCUACUCCUUCUGGACAUGCUCGGCCGUUCGAAAUAACGCAUCCAUCGCGGACCUGUCAAGAAGCCUGCGCGCGUGCUCUGGCCUCUUGGCUGUCGGCGGUGAGUGGUGGCCUUCCGUCAAAAAAGGACAGAGGAGCUUUGGUGCCAUCGUUGACUUAACCAUCCGCAGGCUGUAUACAGGCAAUAUGCCAUACAAGAAUCCUCGCCUAUUCGCUCCUCUUUCAUCAGAGGAAGGGCAUAAUACCAUGGAACAGUCUGAGGGAGCGCUUGCUUAUGACUCAACUGGCCAGCAGAAUCUCUCGCAAGUUUCGCCGAAUGGAACAGACGCAUCGUGGCCGCACUUACCAGGGUCUUCCGUGGGAUUGCAACACACACAGAAUUCCCUGCACUGGCAUGGAACUUACCCCGACGGCUCGUUUCAAGCAGGAACAAAUGACUACGUUCCGGAGAUAGAGAAUUUCCUAGCCGACUUUGACAAGUCCGAGUUCACCUGGAGCUUUCCUGUGGUUGGCGUUGGCGACUCGUGUGAAGCGAGCAACUUUCAGGUCGAGGCUGUGGACUACAAAAAUAUCGGCCAAUACGACUCCAAAUGACUGUAUUUAGAAAGACUGCGCAUGGUCGGAGCAGCUAUGAAGGAAGUCAUUUCGGACGGCUCCUUGCAUUUGCUGCGUAUUGGGUUCUGGAAGGAGUAUUUUGCCUUGAUCCUCUUUGACGUCAGUGGACCGACUACUCCCUUGACAACCUCGCAUACAUGACCCUUUCACACGCUAUCUGUCUCAUCCGCUCUCGGAGUUCAAGCAGCACAUGGAUGAGAGCUCUCGUCCAUCUAGGAAAAACUCUGCCAUAGUCGGAAGCUGUACCAACAGCUCGUACCAAAACAUCCCGAAGAUUCGGGGCCUUGUAGUCCAAGCAAGACAGGAUGGCUUGGAGAGAACCAAAAUACUUUUCCAGUCUAGCCCAGGCAGUGAGCAGAUUCGCACA